CCCCACAUUCUUCCUAACCAGAGCUCACUCAACCUCAGCCCCCCAGUGCUCCAAGCAGCCGCGGUAUUACCGAGUAACCCCAGCGAGAUAGAUGAUGGCUUAUUUCCAUAUUCCAUUGUUCUUGUCACUCUAUCGUCCGCACAAGAUCUGGCAUUGUUUACGUGAACCUCCUUUCCCUCUUGCGAAGUCCAACCUUGGCUUACAAUGACGCCUCCGCCAGCACCGCUUGAUCUGCCCAGGCGCUACUCGGACCUGGGUUUCAAGGAGAUCAAGAUCGAGAAUUACCCCAAGGAUUCGAGCGCAGAUGUGACGCCGAUUCAGAUCCUCACGCUGUACCGCCCAGGCAAGCACAAUGCCUUCACGUACACCAUGACGGUCGAGCUCGAGAAGGCGUACGCGCUCUUCGACGUAGACGACAGAGUCAAGGCUAUCGUGCACACUGGCGACGGCAGGAUAUUCUGCGCUGGAGCAGAUCUCGAGAACAGCUUCCGCCAGACGGGCGAGAAGAUCGCCGACCACAGAGACGGUGGCGGACGUGUCUCCCUCGCCAUUUACAACUGCCGCAAGCCCGUCAUCGGGGCUCUCAACGGAUCCGCCGUCGGCGUCGGCAUCACGCAGACGUUGCCGAUGGCCAUCCGCAUCGCGCCCAAGAACGCCAAAAUCGGUUUUGUGUUUUCCCGGCGCGGACUGGUCAUGGAGGCGGCGUCGUCGUUCUUCCUGCCGAAGCUGGUCGGCUACUCGAAGGCCAUGCACCUGGUCACGACGGGCGCGACGUACCCAGCCUCGCACCCGCUGCUCAGCGACCUGUUCAGCGAGACGCUCGACAACCCGGCGGAUGUGCUGCCGCGCGCGAUCGAGCUGGCGCAGGAGUUCGUGGACAACUGCUCCAACGUCAGCUGGGCGCUCAUGAAGGACAUGAUCUGGCGCAACCCGGGCACGGCCGAGGGCGCCCACCUGCUGGACAGCAGGAUCAUCUACGAGAUGUUCGGCACCACGGACAACAAGGAGGGCGUGGCGAGUUUCCUAGAGAAGAGGAAGGUCAACUUCACGGGCACCUUGGAGAAGGACGCCCCAAAGGCGUACCCGUGGUGGACGCCUGUCGACGUGCUGCAGUUCCCGAAGGGCAAGCUGCCAGGAUCGUCGAAGCUGUAGAGAACGAUUUCGCUUUCUUGCGGGGGAGAAAUGCACCAAUUCCUGCCGUUGCUUUACGGACCAGAUAGUGUCGAAUAGAAAGACCGAAAAAAAAAAUCGUUUAGCAGCGGCACAGGCCGUCGUUGUUUUCACUCGUACGGUUGCC